UUCUCUUCUCUUCUCAUCCCUUCUCUUCUCUUCUCUUUUCUUCUCUUCUCGUCUAGCUAAUCGCCGUCAGUCUUCACUACUUACAUGGCCACGUGGCUACAUGCGCGUGCACGUGAAAGCACGCGACAGUUUCCUUCUUUCCUUCUUUCUUUUUUGUUCCCUUUUUCUUGAGUGUCUCUUUGCUUCUACGCGCCGCGCGCGCAUUUCCGCCUCGGAUCUCGCCCGUGGGACAACCGUUUCCAACCACGUGCACCUGCAGCUGGAACACGAGGGCUCGCGCAACAGCUGCCAACGCCUUUCCUCGCUCGUGCUUACCGUUAACGCGUCCAUAGUCGCGACUACGCGUGAAUUCUCCUCGAUUUUAAGACACGUUUCGAGAAACGAAAGGUAUUUCGGAUGUUGUUUACUGUAAACGGUGUCGCUUGGGACGUUCGAGUUGAGAAGUUGGGUUUGGGAAUGAUGCGCGAAAAGUUUGAGACUCGCGAUAACGAAGACGAAGUGAACGAAGAGGAAUUUGAGGUACGCGAAUUCUUUGACAAGGAAGGGAAUCAUUGAGAGGGACUUUAACGAAGAUUCGAAGUGAAGUUUUAGAGCGUUUGUAAAAUGCCACGUGUGUGACAGAUGCGCAAGAGCCAUGCCCACGAGGAACCUAGAGGCAGUGGACAUUUUAGAAGCUCUCGAAUCGAAGCUUGCGUACAUUCCAGGAGGUUGUGACCGCGAGGGAAGACCUUUGAUAGUAGUCAAUGUCCCUUCGGAGCUUCAACCGACCACGAAACCCAGAUUGGAAGCCGUGAUCGCCUAUUUCUUGUCGAUUUUUAGCGAGGAGACAAAGAGAAAUGGAUUGGUCCUGAUAGUGGAUGCACGAAGAGGGGCGUGGCGCGUGGCAAGAUCUUGUAUAAGAUUGUCCACGAUACUUUUGGGAACUUCGGCAGCUUCUGUAAUCGUGGUGCGCCCAGACGGCUUCUGGGACAAGAGAGUAGACAGUUGUACCAAGUCUCAUAAAGAGGGAGAGCCGACGUACCUCACCCUGACGAGGCUGCAGUUUCACGUUGACUUCACUCAGCUGCCGUACGAGCUGGGUGGCAACAAACCGUACGACCACGUCGACUGGAUCCAGAGACGCGUGAAAGUGGAAGACUACGCUAAAGAUGCAGCCAAUCUCGUUACAAAAAUGACUACUCUACACCAAAGAUUGAUAACUUUGGAUGGAUUUCGCAUGUCAGAGUCGGACGAUGAUUUGGAAUCUUAUUGGGGGAUGAACAGCGAAUUAACGUCUCAUGCGCGACAUGUUCUACAAUCAGGCAGAAACUUGAUCAGUUCGAUGAGCAAAGAAUCCACGAAGGAUACUUUAGACAGCACGAUAAAGAUUUACGAGCUGAUCGAUUCCAUCGAAUUGAAGCAGGUGGACAUCGAGAACUCGUGGUCGGAGAUGGAAAGAAACUUGGAUACAGCCAGGAUAAUCGGUGACCUCGAGAAGGGUGUGUCGUGCGUUACAGAUUGGAUUCUAGGACCGGCCGAUGCCAUGUUAAACUCCUGUUGCCAAGUUGGAUUCGACGUUUCCUCUUCGGAGGAACUUCGUAGACGACACGAAGAGCUCGAGUUAGAAUGCAGGGAAACUUAUGGACGUUACGCAGAAUUGCUUCACAAGAUCGACAAUUUACCAAGCACGCGUUUAUCACAGGAUUUAAAAUCUCAACGAGAUUUCAUGGAUUUUGUGUGCAGGAGCUUCGCAAACAGACUCGAGAGACGACGAAACGUGUUGAUCACUUCUCAAAGAUUUUUUAGGCUAGUCUCUCAGUAUUUUGACAAAACGAGCGAGGUGUUCGACAAAUUAGUUAUGGGCAACAGAACUCACGAUUUUUCUCAAGCUGGUGCGAAUCUUUUGAAAUUGGAACAGAGCCAGGCAAUUUUAGAAACGUUGGAAUGCGAGUUGGUGAAGGAAGGUGAAAAAUUGUCAGACAUUUUGUCAAUGCCGGUGAAGGACGCGCUAGGUCGGGACGUGCACGUUGACUAUGGCGAGGACAUAGUGAAUGUCAGAGAUAUUUUGGAUGCAACGAACGCUAGAAAGAAUAUUUUCAAUGACAGUGUCGAGUUGCAGAAACUGUCUUUGAAACAGAUCGCUUUGAUAUAUACUUACGAAAGCGACGCUAAACAGGCUGUUAAAUGGUUGAACGACUUGUACGAUGUUUUGUUGAAAAAUCAUAUGGAAAUCGGAUGCAACGCGAUGGAAAUACAGUUACAGAAAGAGGAGCAUCAGUCGUUUCAAGAAACUGCCAAGGGGACAUACGACUAUGGCUGCCAAUUGGUAAAUGGUGCUCAAGUGCUAAGGUUAUCCUGCAGGCUACCUCUGGAAAGCAACGCAACUCUCUUCUCGAAGCUACGUCAAGCCUGGAAGCAGCUUCGAUCCGUUAGUCAAGAACAAUUAACCAGACUGAGAGUGUGUGCUGUUUUCCAUAGAAGCGUCGAAGAUGUACGCACGCACUGUUCGAAACUGUACGAUCUGAUCAAGACUGUGGCAUCGCUCCGUCGUUCCUGGAGGCCAGAGGACUUGGCCGCAGAAGCUCGAGCCAAGGCUGAGAUAGUAAUUAUCCUGGAUAAUCGAGAAAAGCUACUUCUCGAAGUUGGACGAAUGGUGAGGCUGGGUCGUCUCCUGAGAACACGCUUGAAGGAACCUCUCUGUCAUCAACGAAUGUCUGAAACCGAGGAUGCCUCGGGCAAAGGCAGUAACCUGACAGCGAUCGAGGCGAUCUCGGCGAGGCUGGCGGAAGUAACGCGGCUCGCCGAGAAGCUGGACGCAAGGCUUUGCGAGGCUGGUGCCAGGACUCGACCAGUUCCGAUGUCGUCGUCCGCGAUGUCCUCCACUUCGUCGCUGUUCUCGUCGUCGAACCUACCGAUCACAACGUCCACCCCCGUUCCCAGCCAAAUUCAAACGAUUUCUACCUCGUCCAUUGGGAUCACCACACCUCUCAUCAGUUCGUCGGUGUCUACGGUGCAACUCCAACCGAAAUGCGUGUCCACGAUCUUAUCCUCCGCGUCGAAUAACGAAAUUGCCUCGUCGAAGGAGAAGAUGUCCAAUUUGGUGACAUCGACGCCACAAUCUGCGAAUGGAACGGUUCCCACUGGUACUGUUAAUGGCAAGACUAGUUCCACUGCGGCGGAGAGUAACAAGAUAGAGGAAAAAAUUGUGGAGGAAGAAAAUCGAAGAGAGGAGGAAAGUAAGAAUGCGAAUUUGGAUCGAACGGACGAUGCGAGGACGAAAGAAGAAGUCGCAGAGGACGUAAUCGAGAAGUCAUUCGACGAUAGUCUAGCCGAAGAUUCGAACAUAGAGGACUACGUGACCGCGACUGAACGUUCGAUCACUCCGACAGUUCGUUCCAGAAGCGAAUCUUUCGUUACCUCGCCAGAAUGCGAAGACCUUGCUGUUCCAGCAACCGUGACGACUGCUAACGAUACUUGGUGGAACAUCGAGGAACCGAAAUUUAUCACUGCCAUCAGCGCAGCGGCGACUUCUUCUGCGGUUAAACAAAUGGAAGCUUCGAAAGAACCGAAAGCCGAAAGAAAAAUGGACGGUGCAAAACCGGCAGUUAGUGAAACGAACAAGGAGAAACAGAUCGAGAAGCUCGUGUCAAUGGAAAAGAAAGUCGAAGAGAAAUCCGGGAAGAUUGUGAAAGAAGUUACAGAAACAACGACUUUACGUGUGUCCCACGACACUCGUUUAGGCGUCGCAUCUUACAAAGUGAUAUCCAACACCACGCAAGAUCAUCGAGAAAACGUUGAUGUUAAAGAAAUCAAGGAUCUCGAACGCAUCGUGUUUCCGGAUGUUCAAACGAACGGAUUACACCACGAGACAGAUUCUGGUUGCAAAUCGGAUUCGUACAGUCGCAGAGACGAACUGUCAACGAAAACGGACGACGCCGAACGCGUGAUCAAAUUCGCGAAGAUCUGCGAGAUCAGUCAGGAAUCAAGGACGAUCCCCGUAGAGAUUUCAAAGGAUGGCACGCUGUCUUUGGAGCAUAGGCGACAUCGCGAGAGUUGUGGAAUCGAGACAACGCCGACGAGGGUGGACGAGAAUCACGAAGGACAGGAUUUCCUCGAUAGGGCGAGGAAGAGAAGAGUUACGAGAAUGGUAGACGGGCACGACUCGAUGGAAACGACGGAGAACAGCGAGGGACCUCGUGAGAAGGAAUCACGAACGAUAGUGGAGAGCAACGAGGAUGCACCGCAACAAACCACCAGUCCGACGACCACCACCAUAAGCACCAUAGCCGUGCAGAGCGGUGAAACGCGUCUGGUGAUCGCUCUACUUCAAAGCGGGGAAUGGCUGAGAUUGAAGGUUCUGGAGGUUCAACCAGAACUAACGAAGCUCGGUGCCACGGUGAAGGAAGCUACCGAGCUGUCGAAUGCACACGACGAAGUUCUGCUUCGAUUGCAGAGCAAACAGAGCCCGGUGGAGGAAUUGCUCCGGCAGGCUGAUCAGUUGAUCUCGAACCAAAGGCCAAGAGCGGAAGUGUACGCCGCGAUGGCGGAAACAUUGGGCCAAGCCUGGCGCGACGUGAACGAGCUUUUGGAACGUCGGAAACAGAUACUCGACUCCAAUGUGUUGUUUCAAUGUCGAGCGGAGGAGUGUCGGGAAAGUAUGAGAGCCCUCGAGAUGGCAUGCAACGACACGUUGUUGCCGAUCGAGAUCGAGGCGGUGAAGAACUUUCUGUCGAAAAUCCACGAUCUUCGGAAGAACAUGCUCGAGGCGUUGAUGGGCGCGCUGCAAGAAGGGAAGAAUCUGUUGGACCGGCUGAAGGAGAUCGCGAACGAAGGCACCUUGGACUCAAGACCGGAUAGGAUUAAGCUCGAAGCUGACCACGCGGUGUUGCAGGUGGAAAAGUGGCUGGAGGAGUUGCACGACAGAAGGCGGCUGAUCGAGGCGUCGUUUCGAAGCAGAAAGACACAAUUGGAGCAAUGCCUGGCUCUAGCUCUGCUAGCGACCGAUCUACGCGAUCUCGAGGAGAUUUUGAACGACAGGAUCGCUGCUCUAUCGAGCAGCUGCGAUCAGCUGGGGGAUUCUGCGUCGAGCGCGGAAUUACUCCUGUUCGAAUUAAAGAAACUACAAGCUGAAGCUAAGGAAUUUCAAGACAGAUCGAUCAAAAUAACGAAGUCGACCGAACGAUUAGUGUCAUCGGGACACUUUGCCGGUGAACAGGCGACAGAACAAGCUUAUGCGAUCCUUGGCGCCGCGGCUGAUUACGUCAACGAUUUGGAUCAGUACGAGUCAUUGUUGAAUAGAGCGGUGGCCUUCUUCAAUUCGGCGAGAUCGGCAAUUACAAAGUUAGAUCAGUUGGAGAUUCAGCUGGUAACGACGGAGCAUCCACCGUACUCGACGAAAUUAGCUCGUUUCCAUGCUCAGACGGUUGCCACCAUCGAAGACGUCACCGCGAAACCUUUGGCGGAAGGAUACGCCCUUCUGGAUGUCACAGGAAGAGGAGCGCCGGGGGCUGAGGGUGUGAAACGACUGGUGGAGGAGUUAGAAAACCGGAAGAUCCGUCUGAUGGAACGAUGCACAGCGCACGAGAAGGAGAACCUCGAGAUAUCAAGGAUCAUAAACACGUUCUUGGACAAGCACGACGAGCUGAGAAAGUGGCUGAUGAGUAUACCCGAAGCAUUUCUCCAGGGUCACCAAGACAUGGGCAGCGACGUCCCGAUGGCGGAUGAUUUCUGUCGGCUGCAUCGUCAGCUGUUAGACGACCUCGAACGAAGAACCGACGAUGUCGAGCAUCUGGAGUUCGAGAUUUUACCGAUCAGAGAACGACUGGACGAGGAACAAAAGCUAGAGCUACAGUCGAAGGUGGAAGAGUUGAAGAAUUCUUGGUCGAGGACGAAGGAGCUGGUAGCAAGUCGAAUUGAUCUUGGAUCGCUUUACUUGCAAUUCCACGUGGUUGUUGAGGAGCUGACCAGGGAGAUUGAAUCGAUCGAAGGCGAGUUGAAGAGGCACACCGACGUUUUGGACGAGAGGAAGAUCGAGCUGCUUGGAAGACGCUGGAAGGAUCUUCAGCCGCUCUACGUGAAGCUGACCAACACUGGAAAAGCGUUUCUGGACUCUGCUAUUAAGAUCGAUGACCCCUAUCUGGAUGUACCAAGAGCAUGCAUAUGCGUGCAGACUCUUUUGGAGAAGUUUGCCAACAGGCAACUGACUGUAACAGAAUCGUGGGAAAAGUGGAGGACCACGAUCGAGAUUUUGAGGGAAAAACGAAUCGAGCAUCAACGAAAAGUCGAGGAAAGUACAAGAACAAUGGAAUGGGUUUCCAAAUUCACCGAGCAAUUGUAUCCGGUGAUAACGUCUCAGUCUUCUCAAACAGCGAGCAUUCUUCAAGAUUUAGCAGGAUCGAAACAUCGUAUCCUACCUGAAUUGAACAAAGCUGUCAACGAGUUGGACUCGAGGAUCAAAGGAAUAAACACUCUGGCUCGGGAAGGUGAAAUACAAAUCGACGAUGAGAUCCUGAAGAGACUUCGUCAGAUGCACGAGGAUCUUCGUGCGACUGCUAGGGAUUACGAAACACUUCUUGAGUUACUGAUUUCUAUCUUCCAGAAUAUAAAAGAGGUCGAGCAUAAAAUCGAGCAACUGAAUACUCACGCGCAACGUGUAACGUCCUUGAAGAAAUUAUCCGAGGUGGAGACCCUGUUCAACGAGUUAGACGCGAUGAAGUGGACCAUUUCUGACCAGCAAAGCCAGAUCAAGUUAAAGAUGCAGGAGACGAUCGCUAGAAUCAAACAGCAAGAACCGUGGGAGGCCGGUGUUCGUGACAUUGAGAAAUUGAAACGUGCUGUGGACUCGUUGUCGACGAAUCUCGAACUGUUCUGGUCGCAGACGACUACCAAAAUUGAAGAAUACAGACGAACGUGCACUUUCGCCGAGGACCUCGAGAGAAUUGAGAAGGAACUGCACGAUUUGAACGAACAUUUGAAGAAAGUGGACGCGAAGAUUGGUGAAAACCUUCAGACGGCUAAAGCUACUGCUGCUUCGUUCGUACAUUUCGAGAAAACUGUCACGAUUCUGGAAGAAAGAAUCGAGACGUUCAUAAAGACGACCGAAGAGUCGAUUAGCAUUUUGACACCGCAAAUCGUGAACGAUAUUUCCUUCUUGAGGGAAAGAUGGAGGAACUUGAAGAGGAAGGUCGAAGAAACGAAGAAGCGAAUGAACUUGAGCAUAGAGUAUUUCACGCUUCUGGAGGAAGCCAAAGAAUGGAACAGGGAGGGUAGCAAGUUGCUGGUGGUGAUAGCGAGGAAGGCAACCACGGUGAAAACUCCGAAGGACUCGGCGGAUUUACUGCAAGAAAUUGAACGUUAUUUGAAACCGGGCGAAGAAAUUCAGGAAAGGAGGAUCGAGAAGCUGAAGGAACUGUCGACGAUUGUAUUUGGCACCGAGAGAUUACCGCAGUUCAACGAGGUGAUCGUUGAAAAUCGUCAAAUGUUGGACUCCUUCACCGUCGUCUCGUCCGAACUUCGAACGUUGGCUCAAAACUUGAAGAACGCGGAAGAUAUACAAGAGAAGCUAAGAAUCGAGAAGCAGGAGGCAGACAAAAAGUUGCAAGCGGCUAAGAUGGAAAUGGCUGCCGCGGAAGCGGCCAGAGAGGAAGCGGAGAACGCGAAGAGAAUCGCCGAGAAAUUAGCGGCCGAGACGCUGGAGAAAGCGACGAUCGAGGCGAAAAGAUUGAAAGAAGAGAGGAAGGUUGAAAAAUCUCCCGCCCCUCCCUCGUUUUCGGUGUCAGCGCAAACUGAGAAGAUGGAGAGCACGGACAAAAAUUUCGUCAAGGAGAUGGUCACUUCCGCAACCAUCACUAAAGAGAUACACAUUCUGCAAAAGACGGAAAUCGAGAAAACAUCCCAGCGCGAACCAAGUCCACAGAAAAAAAUCGUCACCGAAGAAAUACGGGAGAAAUCAGUGGAGAGAGUGCUGAAAGAGAACGUCCCUCCAUUGGCUCCAGAGUUCACCGUUCCUCUACACGAUGCCACUGUCCAAGAAGGAGAAAAAUUCACUUUCCAAUGUAACCUCGUUGGCCAACCGACGCCGGAAGUAGUUUGGUACAAAGAUGGAAUCUCCAUUUUGAACAACCCCGAUUAUUUGACCACUUAUAUUCACGGCGUCUGUACUCUGACGAUCGAGGAAACCUUCGCUGAAGAUUCUGCGAAGUACACUUGCAGAGCUUUCAAUAUCGCUGGAUCGGCGGAAACGUCUGCCACGUUGACUGUCAAAGAAAUAGCGCCGGAAGAGCAACCGAGUCCGCCAGUUUUCGUGAAGGAGCUGAUCGCUUCCAUGGCGGCAGAAGGAUCUUCCCAUCGAAUGGAGUGCAUCGUCGAAGGUAAUCCCCUGCCAACCGUCCAGUGGUUCAAGAACGACGUGAACAUCGACAAUUCCCCCGACUAUGUCAUCACUUAUAAUAAUGGCGAGGCUGUUUUAAAAUUCGAAGAAGUCUUCCUGGAGGACAAGGCCACUUAUACUUGCAAGGCUGCGAAUCGAUUGGGCCAAGCCUCCACUUCCGCUUUCCUCGACGUUGAACCUGCGGAAUUUACUACGGAGAAACCAUAUUUUGUUACACCUUUGUCGAAUGCCAUGGCAAGAGCAGGUCAAAGGGUGAAGCUCGAGUGCGAGGCGAAAGGAAAUCCGAUGCCCACAUUGACUUGGUAUCACGAUGGGAAACCGGUCGAAGAAACUAUGAAUAUAAAGACACAGACCGACGCCGGACGGACCAGUUUGGUCAUCGCGGAGGCGUUCGCCAAGGAUGCCGGAUGUUACACGGUCGUCGCUAAGAACAACGCCGGCGAGGCCACGGUGUCGUGCAACGUUUCGGUGAAAGGGCGGCUUCCUCACGAGACCAGCGACUCGGAGUUCGCUGGCAGCGACAUGGAGCCGGUGGUGCCGAAGAUUCAGAUGCCGUUGAAGGAUCUGAAGGUUCAGGAGGGCUUGUCCGUUCGGCUGGACUGCGUGAUCGUUGGCCAACCUGAGCCGGAAUUGGCACAGGUGAUUUGGUACCACGACGAUCAACCUGUGAAGGAGUCGGCCGAUUUCCAGCUGUUGUUCCAGGGCGACAAGUGUUCCUUGGUCAUACACGAAGCUCUCUUGGACGACGCCGGUGUGUACAAAGUAGUCGCCAUUAACUCCGGCGGCGAAGCGUCUAGUCAGUGCACCUUAACAGUGACACCGGUGGCUGUUCCGGCGAAAUUGGACAAAACAGAGACAGAAGCGGAAGAAACAUUCGCCGCUGGUUCACCUCCAAAGUUCGUCAAACUUCCGACAGAUUCUUUGGUAGCGGAAGGCGAGACCGCCAUCUUCGAGUGCGCGGUAAUCGGGGAGCCGAAACCGGAACUCAAAUGGUUCUCUGACAGUGGCGAGAUCACUAAGAGCGAACGUAUCCUGAUUCAGCAGAAGGAAGAUGGUACGAGCAUUCUCAAGAUUUCCUCGACGAUUCCUGAGGAUAAAGGGAAUUACGUGGUCAGAGCGUUUAACGCGCACGGAGAGGCGAAAGCUUUUGCUCGGUUGGUGGUGAGAUCGUUGGGCGAUUUUAGGAGGAAAGAAGAAUUCGUGCAGAUGGAGGAGAAACUGAUCGCUCCAACGUUUAAGGAGAAAUUUGAAGACAGAAGAGUAUCGGAAGGCGUUUCCACGAAAUUCGAGUGCAUCGUGAUUGGAAAACCGGCUCCGAAAAUUCAAUGGCUGUUUAACGAUCGUCCUGUACAUGGCAAGGACUUCUUGGUGUCGGUCAGCGGGGAUCGGCAAGUGCUGACGAUACCAGAGACCGGUAGCACGCAUGUCGGUACGAUUUCAUGCGUGGCGGAGAACGCUGCUGGCAAGGCGAUUUGCAGCGCUCGUCUAGAUAUUGGUAAGUGUUGCAGCCCCUCCAAAUUUUCGUCAGAAAGAAAAUUGGAAUACCAUUGUUUAUGUAAUUCUAUUUCAUAUACUCAACAAUUUACGCAUAAUUCAAUUUUUUGCUCGCUUUCGUCGAAGUAGUAUAUUUUCUAACGU